UCUUCGAAAAUAGUAAAUACGAAAUAAAAAUUGUUCUAAAUUCCUAUUCUAUUCCCCAAUUCAAACAGAAGUGAGUCUUUUUAUAACUUUUUUCCACAAUCCACACAUUGAUUGCCAUCUAAAAGAACCAUGGAUUACGAAUUUAUGGACGACAGUCAAGUUGUGAAGGAGCAGAGGAGCUCCUGGUUCUUCCAGAUGAUCGAUGAUUGGUUCACUUUUCAGGCGAACUUCCUGAUCAACUACGGGUGGCAAUGCCUCGGGGGGCUCAUCAUAGCGGUCAUCAUUUGGAACUGGCUGCAGCCCAAAAUCGAGGCAUGGAAGCGAGCUAGGGAAGACGCUGCCUACCACAAAGACCCGGAUCGUGUGUUGGCACGAGAGGAGGCAGUCAGGAGAGCCAGAGAGCUGCAGGCACAGAAACUCAGGGCAGACUCCGCGCGCGCGGCCGAGCUGCAGAAAGAGAAAGAAGAAAAGAAGAGACGUGAAGCCCUCGAGCUACUAGAAAGGCAUGGCCGCUUGCCCGGCGCCGGCGGGCGGCGGCUCGGAUCCGCCGAUGAUGGCUUCCUCCCGCUGAGCGGCGGCGCGGGGGGCUCCUCGUACCGCGCGCCGAAGCGCUCGGCCUGCGGGGGCGGCGGCUGCGGCCGCUAGGCCUCUAGCCACUACCACACU